AUGAAAAUAAGGACAAUGAUUAAAAUAAGGACAAAGAUAAGAUGCUUCCCAAAUCAUUUUGUCAACGAUUGGAGGCACCAACUUCGUGACACAGUACGAGUAACUGCAUAUGAUGGUAUAAUUGUCACAAUACAAUUGGAAAGAGAUAAUGGAAGAAUAUAUUUUGCCAAUGGAUGGGAACAAUUUUUUAACCAUCAUAACUUACGGGAUGCUCAUGUUUUGGUAUUUGAAUAUAACGGAAACUCCACAAUCAAUAUGACCAUAUUUGACUAUUCUGGAUUAGAUGUCACAUAUGACUCCAAGGUUCCCAAAGAAUACAACGUUUCACAUACAUAUAACCCUGUAUUUGAAAUAACACUCACACCUCAUCACAACAGCUAUCGGGAAAUUGACGAUUCUCUAGAUAUCACCUACCAAGAGGUCUGCGAAGUGUUCAAAUCCAUGAUUCUUUAA